GGUCCCCGCCGCAGCUGCCCCGCUUCCUCGGCCGCCUGGCCCGCCCUGCUGGCUGCCGGAGGGGCUGAGUGGCCGCGGCGGCCUCGGAGCAGCCAGCGCGGAAGGCAGCGGAGCCGAGGGGAGCCGAGCGGUCAGGAGGAGCAGGAGGCCCGCAGGGCUCCUGAUCUCUUUUUUAUGACUCCCCGUCUGGAUUUAUACCGAAUGGAAUAUCAUGAACUGAAGAAAUUUACCUUUCUGUUUUUGCUUUCUUAAAUUUUUUUCUACUUUUUUUUUCUUUUUAUUAAGAAAGCUUUUUUUUUUUUUGGAUGAUAACACUUUGAAUUUUUUUCCCCUUUUAAUCUUUUUUGAAAUAAAAAUUGAGUCACCUCAUCUUGUGAGAAGAUGGGGAGGAAAAAGAUCCAGAUCCAGAGGAUUACGGAUGAAAGGAACCGGCAGGUGACGUUCACCAAGCGGAAGUUUGGGCUGAUGAAGAAGGCCUACGAGCUGAGCGUCCUGUGCGACUGCGAGAUCGCCCUCAUCAUCUUCAACCACUCCAACAAGCUCUUCCAAUACGCCAGCACAGACAUGGACAAGGUGCUGCUGAAAUACACCGAGUACAACGAGCCCCACGAGAGCCGGACCAACGCAGACAUCAUUGAGACCUUAAGAAAGAAAGGCUUUAAUGGUUGCGAGAGUCCCGAACCCGACGGGGAAGACUCCAUUGACCAGAGCCCUCUGACGGAGGACAAGUACCGCAAAGCCAGCGAGGACCUGGACAACUUCUUCAAGCGCUACGGCUCCUCCGUUCCUGCUCCCAACUUUGCCAUGCCUGUGACGGUGCCCGUGACCAACCAGAACGCCCUGCCCUUCAGCAGCCCCGGGGGAUCCCUAGUGACCCCAUCGUUAGUGACUUCCUCCUUGACUGACCCCCGAUUGCUGUCCCCGCAGCAGCCGGCCCUCCAGCGCAACACCGUCUCCCCGGCGCUCCCGCAGAGGCCGGCCAGUGCAGGGGCGAUGCUCGGAGGGGAGCUUGGCAACACGAACGGAGCCUGUCCGAGCCCCGUGGGCAACGGCUACGUCAGCGCCAGGGCCUCCCCGAAUCUCCUCCCCGUCUCCAAUGGAAACAGUCUAGGAAAGGCCGUCCCGGCGAAGUCACCCCCGCCGCCACCCCAGCACAGCAACCCUCUGGCCACCAACAUCCGCAAGCCGGACCUCCGGGUCAUCACCUCCCAGGGCGGGAAAGGCCUCCUGCAGCACCUGACGGACGAUCAGUUGGAUCUGCAGAACGCCCAAAGGCUCAUGGUGUCUCAAGCCACACAUUCUUUGACCACGCCGGUUGUUUCGGUGGCCACGCCCAGCCUGCUGACCCAGGGGCUGCCCUUCUCGGCAAUGCCCACGGCAUACAACACAGACUACCAGCUGAGCAGUGCGGAGCUCUCCUCCCUCCCGGCGUUCAGCUCGCCCACCAGCCUGUCUCUGGGCAGUCUCUCUGCCUGGCAGCCGCAGCCACAACAGCUGCAACAGCCGCAGCAGAUCCCGGUCUCCCUCAGCAACUUAAUACAAGGAAGCCACCUGCCGCAUACUGCCGCCACCGCCUCCAUCUCUGCCGCCACCUUGACCGUCAACACCAGCCCCAGCAUCAGCAUCAAGUCAGAGCCCGUCUCGCCCAGCCGGGAGCGCAACAGCGGCACCCCGCUCUCCUUGUCCUCCUUCCCCCACCAGGCCCGCCACGAGCCCAGCGGACGCUCGCCCGUGGACAGUCUCAGCAGCAACGCCAGCUCCUACGAGGGCCCCUCCGAGCGGGAGGACCCCUCCCGGGCCGACUUUGGCUCCUCCCUCGGGCUCCUGAGACCCAGCGCCGAGGCCGAGGGGGAGAACCCCUCCAUCAAACGCAUGCGCUUGGAUGCCUGGGCCACGUAACUGCCCCCCCACGUGGCCCCCUCUUUCCUGCAGGGGGCUCUCGGCUCCCUCCCCCGCGCACGGUUGUGUCGGAGGGAGGGCAGUGGAAAAGGA